ACGCUUAACGGUAAAUUCAGGAGACCCGGUAACACUAACAGUAAAUUCAAAACGGGUUACAAAGCAUAGAGAGGAGCAAGUAAAUCCAUCAGACUGAGGAAGACCUGCCUAUCAGUCAUGCCAUCCUGUCACCUGUUUCUUUGUAUUGCUUACCUGGUAAACCACCUUGACAUCCUGUCACCUGUUUGUUUGUAUUGCUUACCUGGUAAACCACCUUGACAUCCUGUCACCUGUUUGUUUGUAUUGCUUACCUGGUAAACCACCUUGACAUGGUGUAACAGGUUGUACAGAUUUGUAUUGACGAGUACAAGCUCCAUGUUCGGACUGAGAUUUAUUUGGUCCACUCACACCAGGAAGGCCCCUACUCUUUUCAGCAAGUGUGGUGGGCUCUUUACAAGCUCGAGGUAACGUUGCUCAAAACGGGACCUCUAUUUGAUGUCCUACCCAUCUAAGAGACGUCCCUAGCCGAAGGCACGUCUGAAUGGAGUAAGGAAAUUCGUGUUAGCUUUCCCAAGCGUAUACAGCAUACAAAGACUCCCUACACAAUGGCUCAGGUAUACAAUGUUGCUAUUUGUAGCAUAUUUUCAAGGUUUGACCAAAUAUGGUCAGAAAGAGAUGAAAAGGUCACCGUGUGACCUCAAUUACAUCAUACGCAGGCGUAGUAAACAAAUCAACUUCGGACCCAUUCUUCACCAAGCCGGUGUGCCACAAUCUACCUGAGGAAUCUUAAGCAAAUAUUUUGUGUUCUUUGCGUCAGGUCUGCAGAUUUCGAAUCCAGUUGUUGCAGAGCCUCUGAAGCAGAUAAUGACUGAGGUAAGGCUAGUAACUUUAUGCAGGCAAAUCAACAGGUACUAACUUACAGGUAACUUGGGAGAUGUCAGGACUUUGUGCCCAUGCACCUGCUUAACAGAAACCGGUUUCUGCCAGUUUACGACCACCAGUCUCAGCCGGUCUGACACCACCAGUCAAAAAGAAAGGCAAGUUCCUACUUUUUCCUAUAACUGUUAUCCAAUAAUUGGGUAAACUCGGCUCUUAAUCAUUUGCUAACAGAAGAAAUUUACCUACAUUGUAUACAUUAUCUUGCCCCCAUCCCCCAUUUGAAAAAAUGUAGUAUUAGACAUGACUUCAACCCAUUUAAGUCUGGAGUAACCACUCCCCUAGCACCCAUUUUUCAUCAGUCCCUUGAAAAUUAAAGUUUGACAUGCUUUGCUUUCAACUGAUUUUUUUACUGAAUUCAAACAAAUCAUGUUCCUGCAUGUUAAUUCUACAACACACAUGACGAAGAAGAACGUUCGGACCGAGAAAGACAUGUCCUGACAGUAAGUGCAUGAGAAGGAAUCGUACAGAAAUCAUCAAGACUGAUGGUAACAUUACAGUGAAAAUGUAUGUAAAUAGCUAGUGUGUUAAAUACAUGCCAGAAAUCUUUCAGGUAACUUAAUGGCUGUGGCAAAGGUGUAACAUUACAACAACAAAUUACAAACAAUUGCUGCUUGUUUUCCUUGCUCAAACACUUACCUAAUGGCUAACUAAUAAAGUUCAAUGGCCUUUCAUUGGCUUUACUAUGCAAGCGCAAACUGUAUGUAACCAGACCCAUUUCUUUUGUCUCGGUAGAUGCGGCAUUUUUCCUUUAAGAUUUUGUUGAUAAGCCAGCUUUUUCGUACGGUCGGGCACUCCUGCAGUUGACACUACAUUCUCUGACGUUACUACCUUCAAUAGGUGUAAAUAGGUGUUGAAAUGGAUACGUUUCUUGAUAUUGUUCAUGUUUUGGCUCAUGCUUCUUUGUCUGCAUGAUUCACACUCACGAGUCCAGUGCAGCGUACAAGUACACGUCAGCAGUGUGGCAUAAUCCAACUUCUACUAGAACAGUGGUCCAGUGGUCUGAGAAAAAGAGCAAGAUGGACGUGGAGAGCAGCCUUAAGGAACUAACACUUGAUGACAACCAACCUGUGAGCCUGGAGGAUUCUGGUUUUUACUCCAUACAUGUACAACAGCUCCAACAGCCAGGCACCAGCUCAUCAAGUGAUGACCAGUCACAAGCUCAAAGUCUGGCAUCCUUGAACAAUUCUGGGAUCGACCCCAAGGAAGACAGCCAGACUGACAUUGGCUCUUCAAUUGAAAAUAUGAGGGUAAAAAACACCAGAGAUCAUUAUGAGAGCAAUGGAGCAUGCCCGGAACAGAAACCAGUGCCUGAUACACAGAUGCCUGGAUGGCAUGCUCGAAAUUAUCAAGAUCUUGUAGCUUACCAUGCACAGCUAGACAGGAUCUCACAUUUGAUUUCUGAAGCCAAAAAUGACAUUACAAGGCACCUUCAAGACACUACUGGUAAUGUGGAUCUUUCUCAGGCAUUAAAAAACAGCGACAAGAUAUUCAAUGAGGCAGUUGCUCUUAAGAGAAUUGGGGAGUACAUAAUGUACAAGUUUCAGCUCAAGAGUUCAGAUCAACGACAAGAAACCACAACAUUCGCAACUCCUGCGACAAAGAUGCAGACUGAAGUUGUGACAUCAAAGGCAUCUUACCCAACACAUCAUCCACAAAAUGGAAAAGAGCAUACUCUUGCUGACCCAUUGAAACAAGAUCUGCUGUAUGUAGCUCUGCCCACUGAGACCCAAAGAAACAUUGACAUCAGGAUACCUCCAGUGGAUGAUGUUCAACAGCAUACAACAGACACACCUGGAGUGUUGAAGAAGACAAGUUCUGGUCUUGAUGACGGUGAUGUCGAGAUGCCACCUGUGGCUCACGAUGGACUGGACACUCAAGAAGUAUUGGAGUCCAUGUACACAACAGGCUCUAAUGUAGACAUGUAUGAAGACGAAUCAUCUCCUGAAUCAAUAGCUGAAGAAAAAGCACCAGAGAACAAUGGGAACCCACCACACAAGCACAGUUUCAUCCAGUCAAGAGAACCAAGCUUUCUGGAUGGCAUGUCACAUCACCCUCUGCAAAACAGAGCUGCUGUCUCACCUUUGGGGAGAAUACCUCACAGUCUGUGGGACAUUAGACAUACAAGAUAUGACAAGGGGACUUCUUUCAAGUUUGCUGAAGAACUGUUCUCAUUUUCAAGAUCAGUAGGCAUCAUUGUAAAUAAUGGUCACCGUUGGGGAACAUGUGCACGAUACGGACAAAGACACGUCAUGACCUGUCAGCAUGUAGCAAGUCCAGAUUAUGCAAACCUAGAUGAAUCUUCUGAUGCCUAUGUAGAGUUUAAUUAUUACAAUGAGUGGCCCCCUCAGUCAUCAGUAAGAUUACCAAUCAAGUGCAUUGACUACAACUGUCAAAGCAGAAGUCUAGACUUUUGCCUUCUUUGCUUAAACAUCCAAGACAGCAGGAUUCAAGAAGUCCAGAGUAUUACACCAUUGGGCCCUUAUGUUCGACAAGGUAGUCUUCCAGUAGAAGUAGAAAGGGUCACCUUGAUAGGGCAUCCACAGGGUGUCCGAAAGAGUUUCGACUACAACUGUCCUGUACUUGAUUGGCAUCAAUCUGCUCAGUAUACAGGCCAAAUUUCUAAUGAUGAAGAAAAUUCUUCAAUGUUCGAUGCAAACAGAAUCAAUUACCGUUCUACUUUUUGGAGUGGAAGUUCAGGGUCUCCUGUUGUAGCAAUAUUUGAUGACAAUGUAGACAAUUUACAGAUUGUUGCCAUGCACACACAAGGUUAUCCUACUGGACAACCAUGCGAGGUAGAACAGGGUGUCAAGAUGUCAGCAAUACAAGAUGAGGUAAAAAGUAAUCGCCCAGAUCUGUAUUAUGAAUUGUUCACUUAAGAUAACUACAUGUAUAUCUAUUAUUCUCAUCCCAAAGUGCUAUUAGGAAGAGAAGUGGCUAAGACAAGCAUUGUCAGUUGAAGGAUGAGCAAAUGUGGAAAUAAUUCUGCUGUACCCUCUGGUCAAGGAUAAAUUCUCAACAUCAAACAACAAUGGAAAAGUGUGACUUCUAUCUUCUUGUGCAGCUUUUCAAUGCAAUGUGGAAAUACAUUAUCAUACACACAGUAUGUAUUAUUUUCAUACACACAGAUAUUAAGGAUCUAAAUUCAGAGCCAACAUUGUAAGUUCAUCUCAGGGUUUUGUAAUGCUCCAACAGAUCUACAUGUAUCAACAGAUAUCAAAAUGUUACUUUAAAAUUUAUGAAUCUGAACAAGCCAGAAGUACAUUUUUUGUAUGUUUACUUUUUUCUUGCCUACUUUGAGAAAUGCAAUAUUAGUUGUCUAUUGUGAACUUAAAACAAACAGAUCUAUUGAUCUAUUAUUAUUGUCUUCCUUGUCUGGACUGUUAGUCUACCAAAUGAAAGGUGGGACAAGACAGGAAUAGGCUCCUUAGAAAAGGAAGAAAGGGACAGUUAUAUCUCAGUUGGUCAGUGACUGUACUUACACAAUGUACAUGUAUAUUGUAUAAAUUAAAGGCCCAGUAAAUAAUAAAGUUGCAUUUUCAAACACUUUACCAGAAUAUCAAAUCUGCUGUUUGCCAGUGACUAUUUUGUACAUACAAAUGUAUGUGUAUAAUAUAGUAUGGUUGUUUUCAAUGUAAACAUGAAAACUUUUGAAGAAGCCACACACCUUUCUCCAGAAGGAGCAAUCAUUGUGGUCAGCAAAUUGAGGUCCUAGUCAACAUCCUUCCUUCCAUGUGCCUUCUGUGCAAAAAAACAACUCAGUUCAGUCAGUUCUUGCGUUGUUGUGUAUGAAUCGAGUUCUUACGGGUAUUGGUCACACAUUCAAGUUAA